CGCCGAGCCGGGCCGUGUCCCCCGCACUCGCCACGCCGGGCGAUGAGGGGCUGCUGCCGGCGGGCAGGGGCGACCCGCGGAGGGGGCGUUUAGCAGCGCCUCGAAGAGCGGCCCCGUCUCUUCCAGACCUUUGUCUGGAUGGGAAGAAAAAGGAUGGAGGAGCAGUGGUGGAAAGGGGAGCUGGCAGCAGACGUCCAUCAGACCUUGAGGACGAAGGAACUUAAGUUGCCUGCGUAUAAGGCUCGUUCACCGCAGAUUGGGAUGCGCCGAUACUUCAUUGAUCUCUUGACUGUCCUCAGCAACCGUUGCAAUCUCUGCCCUACAGCCCGGCAUCUCGCUAUCUAUUUAUUGGACCUCUUUAUGGAUCGCUACGAUAUCACUGUCAAGCAGCUGCACAUCAUCUCAUUUGCCUGUCUUCUCCUAGCAAGUAAAUUUGAAGAAAAAGAAGAUAAAGUUCCAAAGCUGGAGCACUUAAAUAACCUGGCAUACCUGUGCAAUGUGAAUGUGGUAUUGAACAAGAAAGAUUUGCUUAGAAUGGAAAUGCUGCUUUUGGAAAACUUUAACUGGAACCUCUGUCUACCAACGCCAGCACACUACAUUGACUACUACCUCUAUGUGUCCCUUGGCGAGAAUGACCUUCACAAUGGCUGGCCAAUCACCUCACUGACCAAAAUCAAAGAUUUUCUGGAGAAAUAUGCGUAUUAUUUCCUUGAUUUCUCAGUGCAAGAUCACACUUUCCUCUAUUUUCGUCCAUCUCUGAUUGCUGCAGCUUGUGUGUGCGCCUCACGUAUCUGUAUGCAGAUUUCUCCUGCCUGGACAACACAGCUUGAAUUGCUAACAUGUUAUUCCUGGGAACAUCUUGCCCAAUGCAUUGAAAUGAUGUUCAUAUAUUAUGAGAAUGACAUCAAAGAAGCCAGUAACAUAAAAAAGCAAGUAACAAUUCAAUAUCAAGAACAGGAAGCAUUGGGAAAUUUGAGCCAUCAAGCCACCACUCAAGUUCUCUUCCAGCAAUCUAGUUAUCACCCUUUAGCCCAGCAUUCAGCUACGCUUUCCCAAUUCCAGUCGCCAGUGCAAGACUUGUGCUCUGCUUAUCGUGACUCCUUACAGCCCCACAGGCCCAGCAGUCUGCUUGCUGCCAGUGCUGACAGCUCACUGCGCUCCUACGCAGCUGUUCAGGCCAGCCUUCGGCCGUCUGCCCAGGCUCUGCCCAUCCAAAUGCCCAUUGCCCUGCAGAUGGCGUUAGGAACAGAGCCCAUUUCCACGGCUUACAGCAGUAGUUACUUCAGUGGUUAUCACUCAUAUGCAGCUGGGUGUUUUGAUGGAUAAAUAUUGAUGUCUGAAAAAGAUGAUACGAUAGAAGCUGAAGAAGAGACCAUGUGUGUGAUACAAGAUGUGUAUCUGAAUGAAAACCAUGAAGGAACAGAAUCCUUGUGGCUCACUCAUUCAGAGGAUCUGGAUCUGCUCAUCACUGGAACCUGUGUGCCUCUCUGCCAAGGGUUGUACCUUUGGCUCUUAAUAACAGAGAGAAAUAGAAAUUCAUUAAUAUACCUCACUCCUUGUCACUUUGAAAGGCAUCUGCGUAGAAACCCUGUGGAGAUUGCUUCCUUCUAGUCUUCAGUUAGUGACUUGUCAGAGUUGGCUGAAAGCUUAUGUUGAAGAGUUAUUUCAAGCUGGAAUGCUUGUUGAAUUUCUGGCCAAGUAGCAACGUACCUAGAGGGUGAUGGAAAACACAGCGUGCUCUCCUCUCCCAGUGAUGUGUCGCUUGAACAGUGACAGCUUAUACUACUGGAAGCUUCUACUAAAAUGUACUGAAAUUGGUAUCAGUUAAAUGUGAACUUUGUUUAUGCAGAAAUCUAUGCAUAGAACACUUUCUAUUUUCUCUGAGCAGGAGUGAUAGUUCAGGAGUAAAACUUUAGGAUAAAAGGGAAAAAAAGAAAAAAUGGGCCAGGAGACUAUCAAAUCAUUUUUGACUUAAAAUUUUCUUGGAAUCUAAACGUGGUGCUGCUGAACAGAACAUCACUCUCCUUCAAGUAUUUUAGAAACAAAGCCAAAACCUUAAAUCAUGUCUUAGAUCUUUAAUGUGCUGCUGCUUUUGAGAGUGGAGAUUAUUGUUAGUAAAAUUGUUCAUGAGCUUUAUCAGGGAUUUAAUGUUACUUGAAGAAAUCCUCUUGCAAAAACUCUUGAAAGUUUCACUGCCUUCAGUUAUUUCAACUUUUGGGCCCAAUGACUUGUGGCAGUAGUUCAGGCUCAGGACAGUGGAACGGGUGUUAAUGGGGGCACAAUUUACUGUGAAAUUAGAGUUUGAUGGCAGUGUUAGACAAUGCUGACUUAGUUUUUUAAAUACCAUCUUAGCCUUCUUUGGAAAAUGUAGCGGUUGAAUUGCAGAUUGUCUUGUGUAUUUGCAAUAAGAGAGACACCAACUGUCACAUAUCCAAAAGCUGCUUUCUCAACUGAAACCAGGGAUGAUUGUUCAAAAAACUGUAUAGGCUUUUUUCUUUGUUAAUGUAGCUAUUUACAAGAAAUGGACUUUGGCAAAGGUGAAACUUUAGUUUUGAUAUAUGCAACAGCUAUUGUAAAUUUGUUUGAAGGCAGUACUCCUGGUUUGUCUUUUCUCUGAAGGUUCUCAGGACAGCAAUAGAAGUAAUGUGCAAUAUGCUUUUACUGACUUGGGGUAACUGUUUCAAGUCACAUGUCACAGUGCUGUUUUAACUUAUAUUUUUAGAGAAUUGUUUUUAAGGGUGUUUUAGGGUGGAGGGGAAAAACUGGCUCGCAUACUAAUGUGUGUUUGUGUAACUGUCUUCUGAGACUGCGACUUUUGGUAUCAAGUUAAUAAUUUCUUCCAUUCAGCAGGCUCGAGGAAUCAUCUUGUUUUAUUUUUAAUUUUUUAAGAUGCAAACUGUAAAUGAAGAGGCAGUACGCUUCAGAAAUUAGUCUAGAAUUUUAGAGAACUUAGUUAAUCUUUUAUUCUGUUAGCUUUGUAUUUAUAUUAAAC